AUGAUUCAGAACAAAGUCACCGAAGAAUCUGGCAGGGAUGUCUCAUAUGAUACUGAGGAGGAUGCAGACGCCCCAAGAGUAUCUCAAUGGGUGGACGAAGAUGAGGAUUUGGCUUUCAGUGACCCUCAUGUGCCUGUUGCCGGUCCCUCGCAGUUAAAUACCCUUAGGGCAGAUCUUUCUGCUCUACCCAUAGGUACACUUCGUCAUGCGCAAAACGUAUUAAACCAAACGGAAUCCUCCAGUGAAACUGAAGGCCCAGAGUCCGGUGGCUCGCAGACUGACGAUGAGCAAGAUAUACCCAUUGGAAGGCCCACGAUGACCAGAGAAGGCAAACAAAAACAGGGUGUAGAAGUCGGCAAACGAUCAAACAAACACGCUCCGAUAGAAGUGUCAUCCAAAAAGCCUGUUACUCGCCGAAGAAAUGUGAUCGAAGUAAAAGUACCAGAAGUUAGGGACCCUAGGUUUAUACCGAUGACUGGGAAACUGGAUGCGGACAAAUUUCAUGCCAACUACAGUUUCCUGGCCAAGAAUCAUGAGUCUGAAUUGCAAACAUUGCGCGAAAAUCUUAAACGGGCUCGGAAACUACUUUCGUCUUCCCCACGGGAGUUGAGAUCUGAAAGAGAAAGAGAAGUGGCUCGCCUCGAACUUGCUAUGAAACGCACCGAAAGUAUCGUCAACCAUGAUCGCCAGCUCAACUUGGAGCGAGAAACCUUGUUGAAGGUCAAACAGGAAGAGCAGGAGAAACGUAGAAAGGGUAAAGGUAGCUGGUGGAUGAAGAACACCGCGAAGAAGGAGGCACUCGUCAAGGCGAGGUAUGGUGCUUUAGCUGAGCAGGGAGGUCAGCGUGCAGUAAAGAAAGCAAUAGAGAGAAAAAGGAGGAAGGUUGGACAGAAAGACAAACGAUCUCGACCUUUCGUCGAAGACGUACGUCCUGAGACAGGAUGGCCGCAUAAAAAAAGGAAGGUCGGAGUAGUUUAA